GGGGCGGCUGCCUGCGCCCGAGUUGCUCACGGGAGACCGGGCUGCGAGACGUUCCGAGGCUGCCUGGCCAGCUGGAGCCGGGCAAGGCUGGGCUGGGCGGCCCGGAGGGAGCGCAGCGGGGACGCGCGCCAUGGAUCCGAAGGCGGGCGGCGGCGAGGAGGAGGACUGCGUGGACUCGGGCGCCGAAACCGGAGGGUCAGACUACAGCCACCUGUCAUCUACCAGUAGUGAGCUAUCCCUAGAAGAGGCACAGGACCCUUUCCUGGUAAGCAUCCACAUCAUCGCAGACCCAGGUGAGGCCCAGCCACUGCAGGAAGCCAUUGACAAGGUCUUGGCAUGGAUCCAUCCCAACCUCCCACUGUUCCGUGUGUCAGAGAGGGCAGGCCGGAGGCGUCGGAAAACCCCCAAGGGCGCACAGCCAGCACUGGCCGUGGUACUGUUCCUUCAGGAGGAGUAUGGUGAGGAGCAGAUCCUCCAGCUGCACCGCACGCUGCAGCGCCCGCCCUGGCGCCACCACCACACAGAGCGAGUGCACGGCCGGUUCCUCCCCUACCUGCCCUGCAGCCAGGACUUCUUCAUGCUGGCCCCUGGGACCCCGCUGUGGGCCAUCCGGCCUGUGCACUAUGGCAAGGAGAUUGUGCGGUUCACUAUCUACUGUCGCCACGACAGCUAUGCAGACAGCCUUCGGUUCUAUGAGCUGAUCCUGCGCCGGAGCCCCAGUCAGAGGAAAGCGGACUUCUGCAUCUUCCCCAUUUUCUCCAAUCUGGAUGUGGACAUCCAGUUUUCCCUGAAAAGACUGCCCUGUGAUCAGAGCCCGGUGCCCACCGACUCCUCCGUGCUGGAGUUCCGGGUAAAGGACAUUGGGGAGCUGGUACCUCUCCUGCCCAAUCCCUGUAGCCCCAUCAGUGAGGGGCGCUGGCAGACAGAGGAUCAUGAUGGCAACAGGAUCCUUCUGCAGGCACAGAGGGUGCACAAAAGGUUUCCCAAGCCCAGCAGGGCACACCACUCCUCUGAGAAGCAGCCUUGUUCUAUUCCUUCACUGAGUGCCACUGCACUGAGCCACACACUGGGCAGUGGCCAGCCAGCCCUGUGUGAUGGCCUGUUCCUGGGCCCCAACCAACUGAACUUGCCUUCUGGACACCAAGAGGAAUGUGCCAGACGAGCCAGAAGCACCCCAAGCCCUCCCUGGUCUUUCCCAAGAAGCAAGUCCUUAUUUUGUUUGCCCACAGUGGGCCCCACCUCAGCCUCCUGCACUGAACCACAGUGGUCUUCAAACACAGGUCCCUUGGGGCAAAGGGCAUACGAACAUAGGCAUGGCCCCCUCCUCUCCAUGGAUGACUUAGAGGGAGCUCAGGAGACAGAUGUUGACACGGGCUUGCAGCUGUCCUCUUCAGACUUGUCUGUGGUCUCUGCAUAUUCUGCACCCAGUCAGUUCUGUGGCACAGGGGAGACGGCCCUCCCCUCUGAGGGAUACAUCAGCCACUGGUCAGCACAUAAGGGUCCCAGAGCAGGACCACUGCCCACUGGCAGUGGGGGAACUGCAGAGGCUUCCUGGGCUUCUCUCCCUUUCCUAACCAAAGGGUCUUCCAGCUCCUUGGUGACAGCCAUCUCUGCUCUUUCUCCUCUGGCCUCCAAGGCCCCCUCCCUCACAGAGUCAUCCUCAGAGGUCCCUUGUGAUGCUCCCAAAGCCACACAGACUGGUCAAGAUGUGCCACCACCCCCAGCAUUAGCUGAUCCUAAGGAUAAUGACAUGGAGGAGUUCUACAUCUGAACAUUUCUUGUUUUCUAAACACAUUGAGAUACACAGACUCAGGUCCCCCUACCCCUCUGCCCUCUGAACACGCUAGUGUUCUUAACUCUCAACUCCAGGGCUGUCUGGAACUUAAUUAUCUAUUUCAGGGGGAACAUUAGCACAUUGGCCAUGCUGCUGCUCUUAGCUGAGAGGUAGUAUAUUUCUAGGGACUCAGUGAAAACACUGACAUUUAUGCAAAUAAAUUCUCAACAAAUUUAAGUCAUAAAAUAUAUUUUUGAAUACUCAACUUGAGGCAUGGUUUAGUCCCCUUAUAUAAUUUAAAUACUUCAUAUAAUUAUUUGAAAUGAAAAGAAAACCCAGUCAGCCAGAGCUGAUUUGGCAAUUUUUCAUGCUGUGAAAGAAAAGCAGUCAAUGCCAAAAUGUGGGAAAGAUACUAAAUGACUUGCACGAGAGAGUAGUGCACAAUAACAGAAUUACUCCUUACCAGGUUCUACAGAUGCUCUUAUAUUUACAUUACCAGUGAAUAGUGGCCCCAGGAAUUGACAAGUCCUGCUUAUAGUGGACAAGCCAGGUGCUAAGACAGCAGUCAGAAUACGUCAGACUGCAGAGCACCUCACUUUGAAUUCAUCAACAUCUGAAAAUCUGGAUUUAUGCAAAAGUGGCUAAUGUACUUUUUAAAGAUUUACCAUAACAGAUUCCUGGUGCACAUAAAAUAUGAUGAGUUCUAAAACCUAAAUUUGUAUACACCUUUCAACAACACAUUCCUGUAAUGAAUGAAGAGCUACAGAAGACACCUCCAUUCUCUGGACUGAUUUGGGUCACUGAGAAAGACUCAUUCUUUAGAGUUACAGAAUAAUAUUAUCUUGGCAUAAUAGGUAGACAGACUUAAGAUUCUUUAGCUUUAAAAAGCACAAUUUAAGGGCUGCAUAUAUCUCUGUAUAUAAAUGAUAGGAGUCACAUUUUAUAAUGCUUUCUCCAGGAAACAUGCACAGCCACACCCUGUGGUUUUCAUUUCGAAAUGAUAUGGAACAUUUAACUGGCAUUUUGAUUGCACAAAUGAACAAAUGUCCUCCUUCCCCAAAAUGGGACACCACGCAAAAUGCUCUCCUGAAUGAUCACUGGUGCACUGCUAGCCUGCCAUGAAUCACAGGAGCCUUAAUUAAAGCUGGUGCUUUAGCCUGAUCUUGACUUUCCCUGUCUGUUGUCUGCUUCUGUCACAGUGUGAAUGGUAUUGAAAUUGCCUGGUAGGGGUAUGUUUACAACUCCAUCCUCAGCCAUGUCAAGUGCUGGCAUCAGGGGCAAUGCCAAGCUGCCCCUGGAUGCUGUUUGUCUUUGGGGAAGAACAUGGAUCUGCACUGUUCAUUUCCCAGCAUGGUGCUCCUUGUCUAAAUUACUUAUGGCCCAGUUUUCAUUUGUCUGGUGGGGCCCACACCAGCUUGAACACAGCCCCAGAGUCCUUCCCACCUGGGCUUCCCAGGCAGCCUCAGGUCUGCCAUCCUUGAAAUGAGAGCCUUAGAUCCUACAUCCCACAUCCUGGACUUCCCAAGACUUGGAAUUGUAAUAUUGUGCGCCCAUAGAAAUAAAUUUUUAAAAAUAU